AAAGUAAGGAGAAUAGGAAAUUUCCAAUAUCGAAAUACUAUUAAACAAGUGUUUAUGUGAUUCAUAAACCAUAUCCAAUUAUUGGCCAUUUGCUUCCUGUUAAACCCCUAAAGCUACUCUUCUUCUUGAUUUCAAGAAAAUGUUUUUACCCAGUUCAUCAAAUUCACCAUUACUAAGAUCAAACAACAAUGAAGAAUCCUUUCACACGCGAUCAACCCGUCGUUACAGUCUUCGAGAUGCGAUUCGUGUUUUCCAAAGAGCUAGCAAUCGAACCGGAUUAAUGAUGCGUGAACCGUCUGAGCAAAUUGAUGACCGGCAAAGUAAUUGGGCUUAUUCAAAGCCUGUUGUGGUUAUGGACAUUUUCUGGAAUUUUAUGUACAUUAUUGCUGCUAUUUUGGUUUUGGUGUUGAGUAGAAAUGACGACCCAGAAAUGCCUUUAAGGGUUUGGAUUGUUGGGUACUGUUUGCUUUGCUUGGUUCAUGUUGUUAGUGUUUAUUUGGAGUAUCGGAGAAGAGGGUAUGCUCAAUCGCCGUUCACCGGAGAGGGGUUUGGCAGCCCUACCAGUACUUCCAGCAGUUAUGUUACUUUGGCUGAAUUAACCCCGGAAAGAACAAGUUGUUGCAGUAACUUGACAAAGUAUAUGGAUUCAGCAAAUACAAUGUUAUCAUUCUUCUGGUGGAUCAUUGGAUUUUAUUGGGUAUGUACUGGUGGGCAGCGAAUGGUGGAUGAAUCCCCUCAAUUGUACUGGCUUUGCAUUGUUUUCUUGGCUUUUGAUGUAUUCUUUGUGGUCUUUCUAUUUGUGACGGCUUGUGUUAUUGGUCUCGGAAUUUGCUGUUGCCUUCCAUGUAUUAUUGCUGUUCUAUAUGCUGUAGCUGAUAAGUAUUUUCUACAGAAAGGAGCAGGCAAAGAAGAUGUUGAACAACUGUCAAAGUACAUAUUCCGACGCAGUGAUUGUACUGAGAAUUGUACUGGUGAGAUCCAAGGAACAUUUGCUGGAUUCAUGACCCUGUGUGGGGGAGAUACACCAACUGAUGAGCGCUCAGUUUCCGUAGAUGAUGCUGAAUGUUCCAUAUGUCUGUCUACUUAUGAUGAUGAAGAUGAACUUCGAGAACUUCCCUGUUGUCACCUUUUUCACUGUAAUUGUAUCGACAAAUGGCUAUAUAUGAGCGCAACCUGUCCCCUUUGCAAACGCAGCAUUGUUGGAGCUACCAGUUGCUGUGAAGAAGUUUAGGAGAGUGUCAUUGAGAAGACUGCAGGUGUUCGUUGCGAGUUUUUACACGCUGUUUUCUUUUCUUAAAGACCACCAACCUUGGUUAUGUACAUACAACUCUUUAUAGCAUAUCUAUAGACACAUAUGCUACUGCAGAAAAAUACACAUACUCAUCUAGGCUUCCUCAUUUGUCUCUCUGGGUUCAUAUUUAUAUUUAUUCUUUUGUUCUAUUUGUUGCAAGGAUCUAUAAUUGUUAAUCUUCCAGUGUAGCAAGGAGCCAGAUAUUGUAUUUAAUAAAGUGGUAUAUGAGUAUAUCUUGUGCA